AUGGGGGUUAAUAAUCCUAACAAGCAGCUGGAGGUUAAGAAAUUUUUGAAUAAGAAUGUUGUGGGGAUUGUUGGGCUCCUUGAAACGAAGGUAAAUGCUUCAAAUAUGGGAAGUCUUUAUCAAAGGUUGUUUAGUGGCUGGUGUGUUACUACAAACCUAGCUGAGCAUAGGAGUGGUAGAAUUGCUUUGGCUUGGAAUCCUAGCAGUUUUCUAGUCAAUAUCAUGUUCAUGAGUAGUCAACUAAUUCACUGUUGUAAUUCUAAGGGGCCUUGGCUGAUAGGACGGGAUUUUAAUUGUGUCCUUAACCCAGAAGAGAGAAUUAGAGCUGUUGUUAGACAACAUAAGAUAGCUGAUCUUCAGAGAUGCAUGAAUGUUUGUGGUAUGAGAGAUCUAAUGAGCACUGGAUGUAUGUAUACAUGGAACAAUAAGCAAAAAGAUGAUUGUAGGGUGUUUUGCAAGCUAGACAGAGUCAUGGUGAAUGAUCCCUGUAUUGAACCAGGCAAACAACCAUUUAGAUACUUCACUAUGUGGAGUGGGGAUGAGAAGUUUGCAAGCAUAGUAGCUGACUGCUGGGCAACACAGGUGAGUGGAAGCAAAAUGUACCAGGUGACAUUUAGAUUGAAAAGAAUUAAACAAGCUCUGAAAGCUUUGAAUGCAGAAGGCUUCUCUGACCUACAAGCUUCAGACAUUAGGGCACUGAAAUCUUUGAUUCAGUGUCAGGAGAGGCUUCAAGCCCAACCUAUGAACAUGGAGUACAGGAGAGCUGAAAUUGAGGCAGGGAUCCAGUAUAGAUUAGUUCACAAGCAAUAUUUGUCUUUCUUGGCUCAAAAGUCUAAGAUGAGAUGGUGCAAGGAAGGUGAUGGGAAUACAAAGCUAUUUCAUCAAUCUAUCAGAGCAAGGAGGUUGCAGAACACUGUUUAUGCAAUACAUGAUGAUCAAGGCAACUGGAAGGAGAACCUGGAGGAGGUUAACACUGCAUUUUUGAACUACUAUAAAAAGCUCCUUAGGUCAGAAUUGCCUAAUAGAGUACCUGUGAAGGAGAUUGUCAUUAGCAAGGGUCCAGUGCUAAGAGAAGAUCAAGUGGAUUUUUUGAAUAGACCCUACACAGCUGAGGAGGUCAAGAGAGCACUAUUCUCAAUACCAGGGGAGAAGGCUCCUGGACCAGAUGGUUUUGGGGGCUACUUCUUCAGGGAUGCCUGA